GAAAAUAUAUUUUUAUUUUGGAAAAAAAGUUCUCGGCUUAUCAUCGAAUGGACUGCCAACCGCAAGGACAAGAAAAAGUCGACCAUGCAGACGUGCGGGAGGAUAUGGUCGAGUUUUGGCGGGAAUUGUCACACGACUGCUCCGUGCAGGAGAUGAUGGGAGACGAGAACGCGGACGAACUUGACCAGGAGGAGCGGCCGGAAAUACUCGCCAUGCUGCACGACCUCUCCGGGAAACGUGUGCUGGAGCUCGGGGCUGGCAUUGGUCGUUUUACUCCGAGUGUUGCGGGACAAGCCGAUCACGUGACGGCCGUAGACUUCGUGGAAGCCUUCAUCAAGAAAAACGAGGAGACGAACAGGCAUCUGGGUAAUAUAGUCUUCCUGCAGGCUGACGUCACACGUCUGGAUCUGCCACCGGAAAGCGUGGACGUAGUGUUCUCCAACUGGUUGAUGCAGUACCUGGCGGACGAAGAGGUCUCUGCACUUGCCGCCAAGGCUCUGUCUUGGCUGACUGAUGGUGGCUACUUUUUCUUCCGAGAAUCCUGCUUCGAGAAGUCCGGGAAUAAGGUUAAGGACGGUUCCUUCAACCCGACCUUCUACCGCAGCCCGGCGGACUACAGCGCCAUAUUUUAUGCUGUGGCGCAGGACGGCCGAUAUGUUUACCAGGAGCAGUUCGCUGGACGGGCCGUAAAGACGUACAUUAAGCACAAGAAUAACAAACACCAGCUCUGUUGGCUGCUGAAGAAAGUCCGCCAUGACCGCUCGGAUGACGUGAACAUAAAGUGAUGGCAGCUGUCACGGAGUAGAUGAAGUAACUAUAGUAA